UAAGUCACAAAGUUUGCCGCAUUGUCUAUCGGUAAGGUGCGAAUCUCACACGUUGCUGCAGUCGGCUGACGAAAUUGUUUGCAUUUGCAUUUACUGUUGAAAACAACCAGCAAAAUGAAGUUCCUGACUGCCAAGGAAGUGCGCGAUGCUUAUCUGGGCUUCUUCAAGGAGCAGAAGCACAUCUAUGUCCACUCGUCUAGCACGAUUCCACUGGAUGAUCCCACACUGUUGUUCGCCAACGCCGGCAUGAACCAGUUCAAGCCUAUUUUCCAGGGUACCGCUGAUCCUAACAGCGAGAUGGCCAAGUGGGUGCGCGUGGCCAACACGCAGAAGUGCAUUCGUGCCGGCGGCAAGCACAAUGACUUGGACGACGUUGGCAAGGAUGUCUACCAUCACACCUUCUUCGAAAUGUUAGGAAACUGGUCCUUCGGCGACUAUUUCAAAAAGGAGAUAUGCUCCUGGGCUUGGGAGUUCCUUACACAGCGGCUAAAUCUCCCCAAGGAUCGCCUGUAUGUAACUUACUUUGGUGGCGAUGAAGCCAGCGGCCUGGAGCCCGAUCUGGAAUGCAAGCAAAUGUGGCUGGAUUUGGGCCUGAAACCGGAGCACAUCCUUCCGGGCAGUAUGAAGGACAACUUUUGGGAAAUGGGUGAGACUGGACCUUGCGGACCUUGUUCCGAACUGCACUUUGAUCGUAUUGGUGGACGAAGCGUACCUGAGCUUGUAAAUAUGGACGAUCCUGAUGUCCUUGAGAUCUGGAAUCUCGUGUUCAUCCAGUACAACCGGGAAUCUGAUGGCAGCUUGAAACAGCUACCCAAAAAGCAUAUCGAUUGUGGCAUGGGCUUCGAACGUCUGGUGUCUGUCAUUCAGAACAAGCGGUCCAACUACGACACUGAUCUAUUUGUGCCUCUUUUCGAGGCCAUCCAGGCCGGUACCGGCGCCCCAGCUUACCAGGGACGCGUAGGCGCUGACGAUGUAGACGGCAUCGAUAUGGCCUACCGCGUGCUCGCCGACCACGCCCGCACAAUUACUAUUGCUCUGGCUGAUGGAGGCACUCCCGAUAACACUGGACGAGGUUAUGUCCUGCGACGCAUCCUUCGACGCGCAGUGCGGUACGCCACGGAGAAGCUGAACGCGAAGCCCGGCUUCUUUGCCACCCUGGUAAAUACAGUGGUGGAUUUGCUCGGCGAUGCUUUCCCGGAGGUGAAGAAAGAUCCGCAACACAUCAUUGACAUUAUCAACGAGGAGGAGUUGCAGUUCCUCAAGACCCUGACGCGAGGACGAAACUUGCUGAACCGUACAAUUGAAAAGUUGGGCAACCAAACUACCAUUCCCGGUGAUGUUGCUUGGCGGCUGUACGACACCUAUGGCUUCCCAGUUGAUCUUACCCAGUUGAUGGCAGAGGAGAAAUCACUGAAAAUCGAUAUGGAUGGCUACGAGGCAGCUAAGCAGAAUUCUUAUGUGCUUUCACAGGGCAAGGGUGCCAGCAAGAUCGAGGAGAUCAAUUUGGACGUGCACGCUAUUUCCCAAUUGCAGGAGCAGGGUGUGCCACCAACCAACGACUCCUUCAAGUACAAGUACGAGGCUGUGUCUGAAGAACGUGACUCCGCCUACAACUACGGUGUAUGCAACAGCAAGAUUGUCGCUCUGCGAUUUGAAAACCAGUUUGUGAACGAAAUCAGCAGUGGCCAGAAGGCGGGCAUUGUUCUGGACAAUACUAACUUCUAUGCAGAGAGUGGUGGUCAAAUCUACGAUCAAGGUGCUCUGGUUAAGGUCAACGACGAGGCAAAUGAAUUCCUGGUGGACCGUGUUUACAACCGUGGAGGCUACAUUCUUCACAUCGGCGUUGUCGAGGGUACACUGAAGGUGGGCGAUGAGUUGGAGUUGCACAUUGAUAUCGAGCGUCGCUGGCUGACCAUGAAGAAUCACUCGGCCACCCAUGCUCUUAACCAUUGCUUGCUCCAAGUCUUGGGUAAGGACACGGAACAGAAAGGCUCUCUAGUGGUGCCAGAGAAGCUGCGCUUCGACUUUAACAGCAAGGCAGCAAUGACCAUUGAGCAGGUUGCCAAGACAGAGCAGCUGACUAAAGAUAUGGUAUACAAGAAUGUGCCCAUCUACGCUAAGGAAUCAAAACUGGCGCUGGCUAAGAAAAUUCGAGGCUUGCGAUCUGUCUUCGAUGAAGUUUACCCAGAUCCCGUUAGGGUUAUCUCAUUCGGCGUGUCUGUAGAUGAACUAGAGCAAAAUCCCGAUUCUGAGGCCGGCGAAAAAACCUCCGUGGAAUUCUGCGGCGGUACCCAUCUCAGACGCUCUGGACAUAUCAUGGAUUUUGUCAUCAGUAGCGAAGAGGCCAUUGCCAAGGGUAUUCGGCGCAUCGUUGCUCUUACAGGACCCGAAGCUCUGAAAGCAUUGAAGAAAUCUGAGGCUUUCGAACAAGAAAUCGUCCGACUUAAGGCCACAAUCGACACCGAUCAGUCUGGCAAGGACUCCAAAUCCCAUGUGAAGGAAAUUGUUGAGCUGACUGAACAGAUUUCACAUGCAACGAUUCCUUACGUCAAAAAGGACGAAAUGCGCAACCUGUUGAAGGGUUUAAAAAAAACUCUAGACGACAAGGAACGUGCCAUGCGCGCUGCCGUUUCGGUCACUGUUGUAGAACGCGCCAAGGCCCUGUGCGAAGCCAAUCCCAAGGCCACCGUGUUGGUCGAGCAGCUGGAAGCCUUUAACAAUACCAAGGCGUUGGAUGCUGCUCUCAAACAGGUGCGCAGUCAACUGCCGGACGCUGCUGCCAUGUUCUUGUCAGUGGACGUGGACUCAAAGAAGAUCUUCUGUCUGAGUUCGGUGCCCAAGAGUGCUGUGGAGAAGGGACUUAAGGCUAACGAGUGGGUGCAGCAUGUCUCCGCUACCCUGGGUGGCAAGGGAGGUGGCAAGCCGGAAUCAGCUCAGGCUUCCGGCACCAAUUACGAAAAGGUAGACGAGAUCUUACAGUUGGCUAACAAAUUCGCUCAGUCAAAAUUGUCAUAAAUGCAUAAAGAACUCACUGCAGCUGCAAGACCUUCAAUUACUCACAAUUUUGAUACACACUUAUGCUUAAUCUUAAUCCGUUAAUCUGUUUCAAACGGCAUUUCUGAGGAAUUUUUACGGCUAUUUAUAAAAUAAAAGCAUUUAUAUUAAUACAA